CUCAAGUGAUGCUGAAGGAAGGGCUGCCACCACCUGAAACUGAGGGUUCCUGCUGCCCAGCGUGUCUCCUGUUCCAUUCUGGCCUUUUGGGAGCUGGUGGCUGCUGCAUCUUCUCAGAAAGUGCUGCUGGCUCCCUCCAGCAGCAGCAGCAGUUUCACAGGAUCCCGUAGGAAGUCAGGCAGAGAUGGAGACGGACACAGAAUGCAGGAUACAGCACUUACAUGAUUUCCUGUCAAAGCACUGCAGCAUUUCAGAGUCCCUUGGAGUGUUACUGACAGAUCUGAAAGUGAAAAGCCCCUCAGCGUUUUGUAGUGCUCAGGAUGGAAAACUCUGCAGUAGUGAAGGGGAAUUACAUUUUCCUGGAAGGCCUGAACAGUUCUAUCAAAACCAUCAAUUGUGUGUAUGGACUCUAUUUGUGCCAGAAGGGAAUUACACAUGGCUUUGUUUCUUCCCCUUUUUCUGUGACUAUGAUUCUUUAUCAGUCUGCUCAAAGGAUGACAGACUUGUGGGGAAAUUCUGUGGAGGAGAUCUUGCAUUACCUCUUUUGAUUGGCUCCAAUAGCAUAAGGCUGAAAUUUGUUCCUAAUGAUGAGGAUUAUGGAACUAGAUUUUCCAUUACCUACAAAGCUCUUACACCAGAUAUUCUUCCUGCUCCUCUGCUGUGAUGCUGGUUGUCUUCCACCCUGAUGAGACAGAGACCUUUGCAGGAUUCAUCUAACAGGGAACAGAAAACUAAAUAAAAACUUGGGAAAAUGCCUCCUCGGGGCAGCACAAAGGCCUCUUCAGUGCACUGGAUAUUCAGAAUUAUUUUGCUCCAGGAGAUUCUCAUCUAACAAAUUAUUUCAGUGAAAAAAAAAAAGGAUUGUGAACCUCUUCAGGUAUUAAACAAAGACCUAAUGAAUGGUGAAGACAAACAAUGAAUCUGGCUAAAAGCUGGGAGUUGUGUUUGUGGCACACUUUAAAUAGCACUUUAAUGCUGUAAUAGCACACAACCCUACAAGAGAAAUCUGCUUCUUCUACAAAAACAAAUAAGGAAAUAAAAGUUAUUCUAUAAUACAAAUAUUACUCAAGACACACUGACAACCCUCAUUUGCUAGAUUCAAAUAUUUUGAAUUCAACUAAAGACGAAGAUUUUGAAAACAUGAAUGUUACUAAAGAAGAAAUAAAGGUUAUAACAGAAAACGUCAAUCAAGCAGAAUUUUAUACACCCAAAC